AUGGCACCAAGUCAACAAGUACAAGACGUAGAGUCCCAGCUUGUGGAGGAAGCACCCGAGCACUGUCCCGGCCCACAGUCCGAGCUCGCGGGUAAGCAAGACGCAUGUCAAGGCUGCGCAAAUCAAGAAAUAUGCUCCACGCAGAUCCCCAAGGGGCCCGACCCGGACUUGCCCCAAAUCUACACGCGGAUGCAAGGCAUCCGCCACAAGAUCUUGGUGCUACUGGGCAAAGGCGGCGUGGGCAAGUCCACAUUCACCUCGAUGCUCAGCUGGGCCAUCGCGGCGGACGAGGAGUUGGAGGUGGGCGCGAUGGACUUGGAUAUCUGUGGCCCGUCGUUGCCCCGCAUGCUCGGGGCGUCGCUGAAUGAAACCGUGCACCAGUCCAACGCUGGCUGGAGCCCUGUCUACGUCGCCGAUAACUUGGGGGUGAUGAGCAUCGGGUUUAUGCUCCCUGAUGAUGAGACGGCCGUGAUUUGGCGCGGCGCGAAAAAGACGGGGCUCAUUAAGCUGUUUUUGCGUGAUGUCGAUUGGGGCGCGCUCGAUUACCUUGUGGUGGAUACGCCGCCGGGCACGAGCGAUGAGCAUUUGUCGGUGACGUCGCUCAUGAAGGAGGUAGGUAUCGAUGGCGCGUUGAUUGUGACUACGCCGCAAGAAGUGGCGUUGUUGGACGUGCGGAAGGAGAUUGAUUUUUGUCGCAAGGCCGGUAUUAAGAUCUUGGGCGUGGUUGAAAAUAUGAGCGGGUUCGUGUGUCCCGGGUGCAAAGGGGUCAGCCAGAUCUUCAAAGCUACUACUGGUGGCGGCGCCAAGUUGUGCGAGGAGUUGGCGAUCCGGUUCUUGGGAAGCGUGCCGCUAGAUCCCAGGAUUGGGCAGUGCUGCGAUGCCGGAGAAAGCUUUUUCGACCGGUAUGCUGACUCGCCUGCCGCGGGGGCGAUUUUGGACGUUGUGGAUAGCCUACGGGACGAAGUUGAAGGUGUAGCUGAUGGAGGUGGUAGUGAAAAUGGGCUCGAUGUAGACGGGUUAAGGAUUGAGGAUUGA